AAGUUUGUCCGAUAAUUUUUCCUUUACCUCUUCCAGGUGUGAAUGCGAGCAGUGUAAUACUGAAAUGUUAGUCGGUGCUUUCGAGUUUCGAUGUUGCAGAGAAGUCACUUAUUCAUCCGCGAAAUUGAUGUUUGAUGGUUCGAUCGAACGAAUCAAUUACAUCACCAAACAUGAAGACUUUAACACCAUUACGAACCGCGCCGUUCUUCUGCAAGUCGCUCCUCUCCUUAAACGCCAAGAUGGAGGAACCUAUCGUCGCCGCAGUGGAGGGUCAGAAGACGAGUUCAUCAGAGCCGUUGCAUAUGGAUGGACAACAAGGCGGCUUUGUGGGUACAUAGGCUGGGAAAACAGACGACCUCUCCCAGCUUGUGUUUAUCACAGUACAAGGAACACACGACAACACAGGGGAUAUGCUAAUGUCCAGGAUGGAGAGGAGCAUUGAACUCUUGUAAAUGUACUUUAUUGGUCCAUG